GAAAUUUCAAUGAUGACGAUUGUGGAGUUUGUACGUCCAAUGUACUUGACAGCUUGACUAAUAAUAGCCUUCCCGUACACAUCGCCUACUCAGCAAUAUGCUAAACUUCCACAUCUCCUUUUCUUCAACGGAAAAUGUGUAGUCAGUAAUUUUUUUCAACAUUGGUAGCCAUGUUUUCAUUAUCUUAAAUCCACUAUUUAGAUCAUCUACGAUCUUCUAAAAGAUUCAAUGUAAUACCGUUAAAGAGGGAUACUUAGAAAUGCAAUACCUGCGUCUACGAUUUAGGCUAACUUCUUCAUGGCAUAACUCAUGGUUAAUUCCAAAUCUCAGACAACUUUUAUUUCAGAGUUCCCAGUUCACGGGCUUCGACGUUACCUUAACGCGCCUUCUAAGGCGACCAUUGAGCUUCCCCCGGACCUAGCAGAUCGAAUCUGCUGUAACGGCUACUCUCUUCAAUCUUUGUGUCUGGCCCGAUCAGAUACUAUCCGUCGGGUUCAAACAAAAAGGUGAACUUGCUUUCGCUGAACGCAACGGAUCGAAUCCGUCGCUCCAGCAGCUCCCUUUGAUGGCGAGCUUUUUGCAACUACCGGACCCGGCAGUUCGAAACUGCCGCUUCGGUUGCUCCCAUCUAUGGUGAGCAGACAGCCUGACCCGGCGAAUCGUAUUCGUCGCUAAGGCAAGCCCCCUUCUAAGGCGGACUUUUUCAAACAGCCUGACCCGAUGGAUCGAAUCCAUCGCUAAGGCAACUUCCCAUCUAAGGCGAAGUUGUUUUUGUAACUGAACAGCCUGACCCAACAGAUCGAAUCUGUUGCUAAGGCAGUCCCCUUUCAAGGUGGACUUUUCGAAUAGCCUGACCCGGUGGAUCGAAUCCACCGCUAAGGCGACAACCUGACCCGACGGAUCGUAUCCGCCGCUAAGGUAGCUCCCUCUUAGGUGAGCGUUUAUUUAGCCGAGCCUAACGGAUCGAUUCAGUAGUUUCGGCAGGUUUCGGCGGUUUUGAUGGACAUUUCAAUAGGCCAUCCGUUCAAUUUGCACCGUAGAGCUUGCUUCUUCACAACGGCAGUCUUGUUAGGAGAGUUCCCUCAGUGGUUUUUCGACUUCUGGCUCAGCGUGUACGAUUACUUCCGUUUUGCGGCAAUGAUUUGGUACAGCUGCAGCUCUUCGCAGAAACGAUAUUUUUGAAGUAUUUUUUUCACAAUUGCCAGUGACGGCGGAGGUACUUCUUCAGAGGACCAGGCUGUGUUGCCGAGCUUCAAUGGUGAUGCCUUUUCCAUUGCACGCUGGUUCUUUCGUCGCCAAUGUGGAGUUUGUACGUCCAAUGUACUUGACAGCUUGACUAAUAAUAGCCUUCCCGUACACAUCGCCUACUCAGCAAUAUGCUAAACUUCCACAACGAUAAUAUCAAUGACGAAUCCUUCAACCUUAAAUCAUCGUCGAUAUAAAUUCAGGGUGGCGGGCGCGUUGAUUCCUCCCUGGAGCCCUUUGCCAUCAUGUACUUUGUCUUCGACACAUUAAGGCUUUUUCUUGUGUCAUUCAAAUAUGGCGUACUUCGCAAUCAUUGAUGAAAUAUUUGUAUGUGUUGGUAAAUAAACUUGUUAUGUCCAAAUUCUCUAAAAAUUACCUUAAUUCAAAUCGUUGAUUACAUUCCGUACUACGUUCGAUGAUAGCAGAAGUUUCAAGGAUUUUCUUCCACCAAAAACUGGAGCUGUUGAUUCACAAAUUUUGGGGUUUUAUUCAAUUUUCCAAAUUUGUCAUUUUGCACAACACACUCUUCUUCUUCUUGGUCUUCAAAUUCUGUUUGCUCCACAUUUUCGUCAUUGAAUUUAUUUGACUAAAAUACGCAUCGUACACCGUUGAAAUUGUAGGUCACAUAAUUGUACAUCACUAAUUCACUGCCUAAAUGCUUCUCCACACCACAAACUUGUUUAAUUUUAAUGAACUAUAGAUUUUAAAAUUCGAAACCAAAACCGAUAUUAUUUUUCUGCUACACUCUUGCUGGCUCGAAUCAUACACGUUGCGUACAACUGUAUAUGUGGAUAAUCAUUAAUCAUCACAUCCAGUAAUGCCAAUCGACAUUGAGUAAAUUCAAAUAGAAAAUCCGAAAAACCUGAAUAUUUUCGACUGUUAUCUCUAAAAUAAACUUUUUGUCAUAAUUAAGUAUUAUAUUCUUUUAAUUUCUGAUAAGUUUUCGUUCUCUUUGUUGCAAAAAUUAUUAUAAUUUUUUAAAUAUAAUAUGUUUUAUUGAAUUACAACCAAAUGUAUCGGCAACACUGCCAGCCGGUGGCCGGGUGACAAAAAAGUGUAAACAUAAACAAACCGUCAGAGUGAAUUGAACAGCAGUAUCGGAAUCGCGAUGCCGGGACCGUCGAGAAAACGAAAAGCCGCGGUUUUAAGAUGGAUAGAGAGGAAGAAGAAAGUUGAGAAUGCUGAGCCGGACCUAAUUCGUUCCAGCGCAGCAACAGAGAACCCGGAUAGGAACGAAAUCCAGCAGCCAGAAGCCACGAUUGCAGGUAAGCCUCCAGUUGGAUGGUAAUGUUUUGGUACUUUUAUCUUUCUUCUAUCCAAGAAUGGUCUACGAAUCACUUUAAACUAAAACAAAUUACUUUUUUCAGAUGAUUUUAGCGACUGUAGUGACGACUACUGCACACUGGAAAAUGCCCCAUCGGUGCCUCCCGUUCCAACAACCGAAGAGGCGUAUGCAUCGGAGUCCAUGGAGCUGUUGGAGAGAUGCUCCAACUGCGCCGAACUUCCGAUAUGCGAUAUCGACGAAUUGCCCUUACCAGAUCUUUCGUUCGACGAGACUUUGGACCUCGAGGACUUAAGUUAUGCAUCAUAUCGGCAGUCCGGCGAUGCAGUAGAUGUGGAAGAAUUAUUCACCGUGUCACCCGCACUCACCCAACCAGUUUCUCUGCUGUCCGAUUUAGCGCAAAACGAGGAGUUCUUGCUGAAAAGUUUCUCCAGCGACCACCGUAUUUCGCCUACGCUACAGUUGCCGCUUCUUGCUAAUGACGAUGAUGACGAGGAAACACAAACCGAGGAGAAAAUUACAACUUCUAAAACCAUCCCCAAUAUCGCACAGUUUUUCGUAGCGGGCUGUUUCGACAAAGAGGAAGCGGACUCGCAGGCAGCAGCUUCUUUGCCGACGGAAUCAAAUGCACGAGCCAUCGAAGCUGACAUCGCAACAGCUAACACGAUGCAGGUAGAUGAUAGUAGGACUGACCAAAGUAGCGUUCAUGAAUGGUCAAACGAAGGGGUGAUGUCAUCAAUCACAAUGGACUCAUCGUUGGAGCUUUCUGCACAACAGCAGAGCAUGGAACUCUCUAGCAAUCGUACGGAUUACUUUUGUGGAGAAGGCGAACAGGAAAAACACACACAACCUAUUCGUAUGAACUUGACAAAAUCAAAAACCAUGAUUAUCAACAUCCCAGGAAGACCACUAGAUGCACAGAGCCACAUGGACUGUUACUGUUCGGCCUGUAUCAAAAGUGCUGCGUUUCAGUCAAAGCAGCGUUCGCAGACAAUUGGAAAAGAAACAGUCCAGCAUGAGAUUAGAGAUGAAGACGCAGCUCAAGCCAAGAUGCGAAGAAUCUACGACAAAUUUGAAGGAGUACAUUUUCCUACUGGGAAAUAUGACCAUUGUCGCCCGUUCGUGAGAACUGCUAAUGAAGACCUUCGAAAAUCAACAAAAAUAGCAAAAAGGUAAAGGGGAUCUUAUGACACUGCUAUUUUUCAUAAAUUAUGUCACGGUUCGAAGAUUAACAUGUGGUUUUACAUAAUAUCAAGCGUGGGUGGUAUGAAUGGGAGGUCGUCUGAAAUUGUCGAAUUUAGUCCUACGUUAUGUAUGAUCGAUGAACGUGACGUAAGUUUGAGACAGAUUCAAGCGACUUUGAACUACAAGUGUUUUAUGGGGGGGGGGUUAUUUUAGUUUGCAACAUUCCAAAAGGACGUAACUGCGUUUUGAAACUACAAUCGUACGAAACAGUGUUGCAAUAUUUCAAUAUUAUUCAAUUCAAGCUGAAAUUAAAAAAGACAACCACUUAUUUUUCUGUUUAGCGUCGGGAUCAAUUGGUUUGCCUCUGAUCAUUCAAUUGGCACCAACCCCAGCAUCAGUCUCUAACUAGUGAUGACCGGCACAUAUCAUUCGAUUGAGUACCCAGCUAUAAAGCAUAACUUGUGUUGUCGCAGGGUUAAAGCAUUGUUUUUGUCAUUGAUCCGAUGUGGAUUCAGCAGUGUUCCAAAAAUCGCUGAAAUUUGAAGCGACUUUGGCCCAACAUUCGAUAAUGUUUCAGUUUGGUGAAAUGUUUUAGGGUUUUUCGUGGUUCAUGCCCAAGUAAUCAUUUGAGUUCAUUUGGAGUGCUAUGAUUGACUGAAAUCGAUUUGAACAAGACCACGGCCUUAAAAUCAUAAGGCAGGCUAGUAACCUAUGUUAACAUCUAUUUUGGAUGAAAAAGGUGUUAUAUAAAAAAGCAAUAACGCCCUUUUGAAAAGUUGACGCUGCAUUGGUACUUUGGUUACGCUAGACGGAUGUGGGAAGGAAGAAAGGGUUUUUGGUAUUUCUUAUCAUAUAAGGGGGUGGAUUUCAAAAUAUGUAAAUGUACCUAAGGGGUUAUCCAUAAAGUACGAUUUGUAGAAGUGAAAAAAAAUUGUAGAAGUGAUGACAAAGUUGGUUUGGAUCGAUAAAUUGUAAUAAUAGCAAGAGUUCGAGGCAUGUAGAAAUUCUAGGUACCUAAACAACUAAAAUAUUCCAAUACAUGCCCGAGUACAUUCAUAUGUGAAUCUCGGAAAAUGAAGAAUUAGCAGAGCAAAAUUAGGAAUUUCUUUUCCGCGCCUUACUUGAUUUAGCUUUUUUGGUAAUGAGAAAUUGUAUGCGUUUGCUAUUUCUUGUGUGAUUUAUAUUUUUUAAAAAUAUUUUGGUUUCUUGUUAACUAUUUCAGAUCACAAGCCGCAAAUGCUGGUGAUUUUUUUGUAGUUGAUAUACCAAAAUGGAAAAAGUUGUCUGGUCGACGAGUUAUUGAUUUUGAUUAUUUUCUAAAGUGGAUCAUUACGGCCCAAGCGGUGCACUCCAGAUGUUGCCUUGGUAUAUUAUGCCCUUAUCAAGAAGUUGUCGAAUCUAUGGCGUCAACGUUGUGGCUGAUGUGCAAUGUGUGCAGUAUAGUUGUGAAAGGUUCAUCGGAAGAACCGAGCUCUGGUACGCGACUUCGAUUUAGUACUAGCUGGGCGAUUCUGAAUACCGGUUCCACGUAUGCAAUGGCCCAAGAGUUUUUUUCGUUUUUGGACAUUCCAUUUAUGAGCAGGAGUUCUUUUUUCAAAGACGAGACAGCUAUGGACACCAUACUCGAGACUGCUCUUCAAGAAUCGCUAGACAAGGCAGUUCAGCAGGAGGUAAAUCUAGCUAAGCAGGAACUUAUAAAAAAAAAACUGCCUGAAAAUACCCCACUUGACCUUUGCUGUGAGUUAGGCGGUUCUUGGGGUCAGCGCAGCAACGGGCACCGAUACAACUCAGCUUCCGGUUGCGCGGCGAUGAUUGGCACUCGAACCAAAAAGGUGGUCCAUAUUGGCACACGGAAUAAAAGAUGUUCAGCCUGUAACCGUAAUGUAUCACGUGUACAAUCUAAUCGACCUAUCGCCCAACAUAAGUGCUAUAAAAAUUACACUGGAUCUUCUGGCGGAAUGGAAAGCGACGUCAUAAUUGAUGGAUUUCAAAAGCUGCACGAAAAAGGUAUCAAGUUUACAACUGUCAUCACAGAUGGGGAUUCAACAACGGUUUCAAAACUCAAAAACCAGUGUGCAUAUGGUCAUGAGAUCAAACACCAGUUAUGCUGCAACCAUACAUUGAAAAAUGCUGGAAAAAAACUAAGAGAGGUAAGUUUCAAGACAAAAAAAAAUUGCUCCUGUACACUUUUUGAGUUUCAUUUUAGUCCCACAUUAACCAUGCAAAAUUUAAACUCGAUCGAGAAACUAUAUUUUAGCGCCCCCGUUCCACGUUGACAUACGAUUUACCAUGAAAUCACAAAAUGAUGACUUUUUCAGCACGAGUCGUACAAUAAAUACGACUAGUGCUAAAAAAUGAUAUUUAUCAACGUGUUUGUAUACUUUUUUUGCUAUUUCGAAAAAUGCUGUUUAAAAAGAUUUUUUUCUAGGUUACAUACCACUAUUAUUGAAUGAGUACCGUCUACCCCGUCUAAAAAAGUAAAUGAUUGAUUUCUGUUGAAAAGUUUAUGAGGAACCAACCCUUCGAAGACCGCAAAGCAAUCUGAUGCAUGUGGAACCAAUUUUUGUAUGAGAAAACCGAAUAGCAAGGCAACGCUGUUCAUCAUUAACGAAAUCUAUGUAUCUAUUUAUAUAAAAGAGUCAAGAAACGAUAGAGGACGAAUGUCGCUGGUGUUCCCUUUGUUCUUGUUCGCAAACAUGCCGGGUAUGCAUACAAUGCAUACUUUUUCGCUUUGACACCUAUAUCCCUCCCUAUCUCCGCCAGCAAGACAUGUUGCGGCAGCGACGCCAGCGAUAUUAUUCCUCUAUAGUUUAUUACCCCUAUAUAUAGGGGCUUCGUGGCCGAGCGGUUAGCGGCGUCAGUCGUUUAGGUGUCUCGUAAGCCUCGGAGUGUGGGUUCGAUUCCCGCUCCAGUAGGUGUAAAAAUUCUUCACUGGGCCUCUGGGUGUAAUAUGUGUUGUCCGUUGUCAAAUGUUUGUAAUGUUCAGUCUGUAGAGGCCGCAAGGUUGAAGACGGUGUAAUUGUCCUUUCAUAUAUACAUAUAAAAAUGAAUUACUGUUUGUUUGUUUGUCCGACCCUUAUGGAUUCGGAAACUACUGAACAGAUUAACAUAAAAUUUUUAACGGGGUUUUUUCAGGCAGGGAAAGGUUCUUAGCAUAGUAUGAGAACCCUCCCCCACUGGAAAGGGUUGCCUCCCAUACAAAUUAAGUUGCGGGGCACUUCUCUGUGGAGCUGAAUGUCAAAAAACAGCAGGCAGGCAGUGCAAUGUUUGCCAUGACAACUACUAUUAAAUAAUAAAAGCUUGUCCCUUUAUCGGUCCGUCCUGACUUUGCUAAAGUAGGUAUGAUUCCUCGUGAAGUUUCCUUUCAAAACCAUUUAUCGAUUUAAUUUUGGGAAUUACGGGAUGCUCCCUGCCGUCUGGUCUUUAUAAAAGUUAUUUAAUGCGCAGCAACUCUGAAAACUAAAAACGAAGGGCGCUAGAAUUUUGUUUCUCCGAUCGAGCUGAAAUUCCGCACAGUUUAUAUAUGACCUAAUUAGUACCGACAAUGUGAAUGGGAAACAAAAUGAUAGGGACAGACAAAAUUAUCGCUUUUCUAAAAAUGUUCAACUAGCUGUAUCUUUUCGAAAAAUGCAUGAAAUAUCCUUAAAUUUACACUUUAAGAUGAUAAACUAAUCGUCUGUCAGUGGUCCAAAUUUGGAAAGGAUCAAGCUAUUCUACAAGGAGUUAGAAAGAUUCUAAAAAAAGGUGUUAUCCGAUAGUCAACUUUAAGCAAUUAUACUCCGGAUUCAUUGAAGCGAAUGCAUUGAAAUUUUGAGCAUUUAUGACUUAUAUAAUGAGCUUUGAAAAACGUUUAACUUUACUUGAAAUAAUUAAUAAGAAAAUAAGUUAUAGCGAAUUCAAUUGUUUUAUGAUUUUUGAGUAAUUUGGUCUAUUUUCAAUAUGCAUCCCAUUACUUUUUCUUCAGUUUAUUGUCGGUUAUUUUGUUACCUGCCUUCAAACCAAACUAAUAUUCAAGUCAAUUGGAGGAAAUUCAAAUGAACUAUAAUUGCUAUUUAGAAUUUUGAAACAAUGUUGAAGUUUUGGAUAAUUUGAUGUUAUAUUAGGAAAAUAAACUAAUCGUUAUAAUUUUCUACCGUGUUAAGUUAGGUAAAAAAAAAUCAUAGCCCAUUAUAUAAGUCAUAAAUGCUCAAAAUUUCAUUGUAUUCGGUCAUUGAAUCCGGAGAUUAUUACAGCUCAAAGUUGGCUAUUGGAUAACUAUACCUUUUAUUCUAAUAUUUCUCUUACUUCGCGUAGAUCUUUCCCAAAUUUGUACCACUCAUACACAACUAGUUGAUCAACUUAUGCGAGGUAUGCACUUCAACCGCAAUCGCUCAAGUAAUUUUCGUUCAGUGCAUUAUUUUUCCGUGACCGGAAUGGUCAAGAAAUUAAAUACAACAAGUCCCAUUUGAUUUGACGUUUCGUUUCAGCUCCGUACUAGGAUCCGUAAUAAAGCGACGCUUUAUUAUUUCUUGAGCGAUUCCUUGCAUGAAUUUUCCACGCAUCGAGAGAGGCCAAGACAUUUCUUGAGAACUGCGUACUACCCAUUCAAGUAAAGAUUUAAGGUUUUUUCAUGCACUUUUCAAGAAAUUUCAGCUAUUUGACUGUUUCUUGAAAAGUGAAAAAAUAUUUGCCUGUCCCGAGGAUUUUGUCUAUCCCCUGUUGUAUAUAUUUGAUUUAUUUCAAAAGACAAUUAACUUUUAUCGUGUACAAUUUAAAAAUCUUACUGCCUCCUGUAAUGUUGAAGUAUCCUAAUGUUUGGGCUGUUAUGUUUCAUCGUUUAUCUAGAUCAAAUGUCCAAAGCAAUUUGCUGAUCAUGUGACCAGCCGUAUUACGCGCAUCACGAAGGGCGUUAGAAGUGCAAUUAAGCACUGUGCGGAAAAUGGAUCCAGCGACAUUGAAGGACUUCGGCAUGAUAUUAGAAAUGUGCCAUAUCAUGUCUUCGGCAAGCAUUCGGAUUGUCGAGACUAUUUCUGUGUGCAUAAAAUCGAACCAAACGACACUCCAAGUGUCAUCGCAGAUCUCGAAAAAUGCGGGGUUUGGAAUAAGAUAGCAGUGAUAAUGGAAAAACUGGCGUCAAAGGCGGAAUUCAUAUGCGAAAACAGGACUAGUAACUUGUAUGUAUUUUGAUAUGUAUUUAUUAUCGUGGACUACUGGUAAUAUGAAUGACAAUUCAUUAAAUGGAAUCUAGUAAUUUGACUUUAUUUCAUUCAAAUUACCAACCAUCCACGGCAUUGCAUAUUUCACAUAAAACUGGACUGUGAUGAAGUUGCUGUUUUUACUAUUUCUUUUCCUGAAUUCAGAAUAAGUUAUAAUAAUUGAUAAGAGUGUAAUAAAUAAUAUUCCAUCAUUUUUAUUACACUGAAACCUCCAUUUAAGUCGAUGCAUGGCUGAUCGAAAAUAAUUUUUACCGUAUAGGCAAUGACUAAACUAUACAGUUUUAUAUUUUUUGACAAAUCUCCUUUGUCAUGCGAAGUGUUAAAAAAUAUAAAAGUCUAUAGUUUUGUCAUUGCCUGCAUGGUAAAAAUUAUUUUCAAUCAGCCAUGCAUCGACUUAAAUGGAGGUUUCAGUGUACACAGUAGAAGUUCGCUCGGUACAAACGCUUUAACUCAAAUGUUUUUUUUUAACCUCAUGUCCGCUAACCGUAACAAUUUUGCAGUUAUCGCACCUCUAUCCUUGAAAAUGAAAUGUCAACUGCGAUGUGCUGUUUUUCGAAAACACUUAUGUUGCAGUGCGAUGUUUUCCAAAUGCACAUUUGGCUCGAUUCGAACAGGUCAUAUCAGCAUAGGAAUCAUAGCAAACAUACGACCUGAACCUAUUCAAAUCGAAUGCCACAAAAUAUCUAAUACUUGUAAUGAUUAUGUUCCAGUCGCAUGUGAAAUAUGAUAGUAUUGUACAAACAUAUAUAAUUCUCGUUGAUUAGUCGUUCAGCCUUACAGUGCAACAUAUUAAAAUAAUUGAGAAUAAUCAGAUUUUACGCUAAAAGAGCUCAUAUUUGUGUUCUUUGAUAUACAAUAUCAGGUACUCGUUCCUGAUAGUUAUGUAUGUUUGUACUCUGUGCACUGAAAUAUGUAUACAUCUGCUAAAUUAUAUUUUUUUUCUCAGGGCUGAGAACUUGUUCUGUCGCUUAUGCAAAUAUAAUGUCGGUAAAAGAGUGGACACGAUGAGCCGUGGAUCAUAUCAACGGCGUGUUCAAAUAACCGCACUAAUGUGCAAUGAGAACUACGAGUGGUACAAUGUGUAUAUGGAAAAGUUCACUGGAAAUGCACCCGGAUACUGGACACAGAAGAUGUUUGCCGAAAAAAUGAAAUCCCUGGAGCGUUCAAGAAAAGCUCAGAAAAACCCCAAUUUUAGACGUCGUGCGAGAUAUACUCAACUGGAAAAGGAAAUGGAUUAUGGAGAAGCAGCUGUCGAGGCAGCGGAAAACGCAGCACGUGAAGACACGGCCAUUGACUGUAGCACAGCGAUGUUGAUGUAUCAGGUAAAGCAAUAUGCAGUAUUGAUAUAGUUACACUCAAACGUACACGCUGUUCUCUAUUAUUUUUUCACAAGAUUUCCAUGAUUACUCACUCACGAGAACAUCUAAAAUCUCGUUAGAUAAAUGGACCCAAUUAUUUUUUACCGACAUUCAUUGUUAUUUUCUGUAUGAUUUAGUUCUUUUUAUUGAUAAGUAAACAAGAAAGAAAUAGCCACACGCUUUAGAAACCUCAAGAGAUUUUGUUGGCGGUGAAUUUCGCGAGUCAAUAGCCACGCGUGAAAAUCAUCAACCAUGAUAUUCAAGAAUUUGAGUUAUUACCAACCCUGCAUGUAGUGGUUCAAUGACUUAUUUAAUUUUAUUUUUCGAAUAACAGAUACAUGAAAACACUAAACAGAAGCUCAACAACAAUAUUACAAUAACGGAAAUGGAGGAGCUGGCAAAAGGACGGAUAUUGUCAAAAUGCAUUCCUGAAAUCGUCAACGCCCGAGAAACAACUAAAUGGAAAAAGUGCGAAUCAUUACUACAAACAACAAACACCUGGAAUAUUUUGAAAACAAAUCGUGCGGUUGUUGGCUUGGUUCUGCGUGUAAUAAAAGAAAAACAUGCUAUGAACCUCGAAGAAAGCCGUAUGUUGAUAGACCCGUGCCACGAGUUUUUGUGCUGUGUUCCAGAUGGUAACUUAAAGUAGUUGAUUAUUUACCCUUAACUAUAAUGCAACUUAGUGAUUUAAUUUCAGCGAUCUCUUCGGACGGUUCGAAAAUACUUUUAAUAAAGAAAAAGGAGGCAUUAGGUAGUGUGAAGGAGCUUGCAUCAACUGCUAAAGGAGUACUGGGAUGCAAAAUGAGAGAUGGACUUAUUAUUUUGGACCGGAAUACAACCAUGGAGAUUCAAAGUGCCCUCCAUAUAUGUGGGAGCAAUCAGUGCUAUCUGUUUUUUAUGCUGGGGUCCAAUGUUUCGGAUCAUAUACUCCACAUUGUUGACAAGGAUGAAGAAUUUUUCGAGUCAAAAGUUGAGGAAAAACUGGUUGCAUUUCUAAACGACUACUUUUUGAAGAAAGUGGUGGAAAAACAAAUUACAGUUAAACAAUAAAUGAAGGAUUAAAAGAUUGUUUGAUGUAAAGUCCCAUUUCUAUGAAAUACAGGAUAGUUGAAAGGACAUAUAAAACAAAAUUCUUGGUCUCGAAUUUUUUUUAUAAAUUUUGAACUAAAUAUAUCGUAGUGUAACCAUUGAACUCCUAGACAUUUCCACAUUUUGUAAAUAUACUUAAAUUAGUAAAUAUACUACUGGAGACAAUACUACACCAUAAAGUUAGAGCUCUCGGUAUGUGUACAUUGAGGAUUUUGUGCUAAUCCCAAGCCUCAUCUAUUGGUUCCCUGUGCAAUUCCGGUAGCUCAUGCUCAUGUUCAUGCUACUGGAGACAAUACUACACCAUAAACUUAUUUCAAGACCUGAAGAAAACAUUUAAAUUUUGUGAGCCCAAUCGGGUACUCAAUAAUAUUCAUUACGGUGUAAUUUGUCCGCGUAAUUUGUCAUUUGUGUAAAUUAUUUUUAGCGUGUUUAAUUAUUUCCAGGAGUUUGAAUUCGGAUUAUUUAGCUCAUUACUACUAAAUAACCCUUGCGUCAGACCUUUUCCGUACAUUACCAGGAGACGAUAAGUGUUAAAACUGAUGGGAGUGGGUAAGUUGGUCUACUGCCAGAGCUGAAACGUGAUUUACCACAUUUUUGUGCUGUUCUAGAAUUGCUCAGUUUUCAAUGAAUCCUACUCAAUUUUGGGUAUCUUCCUUUUAAUAAACCUAAUUGACCAUUUUCUCAAUGAACCUUAAUUGACUGGAUGAUGCUUAAGAAAAUCCUGCCGAAAAAAAUAUCCUGAUAGGUGAAUUUUAAUUGACUCCACUAGAAAACAUUUUUUUUGUUUAGUUUUGCAUAUAAACAAAUGCUUUGCACACAUACUCUCACAUCGUUGAAUGACUGUUAUUGCAUCAAUACAGAUGCAAUGCAAUUAAUUGAGUGAUCUGUCGUAUCUCCUUAAUGACUAAUCUGAUUCGCCUGGUUUCACUCUGUAGUCGGCUGUACGCUUCCGCCAUCGUCUAACCAAGCAGCUGAACGGACUUUCUUUCCACUUAUCCCCGCUGUCCUUAUUACACCCUCUAAAGCAAUGUCGAACAGCAAGAUUCGAAAGGACUCGGGAGUGCCCCUGAUAGUCGAACUACGCACAUCACCAUCGUCGCCUUGAUCAAUCGUAUCAGAUUAUCUGCGAAUCCGUACUCGUGCAUAAUCUGCCAAAGCUAGUUUCGACCGUUUGUAUCAUACGCUGAUUUAAAAUCGAUGAACAAGUGAUGUGUGGGCACGUUGUAUUCGCGGCAUUUCUGCAACACCUGGCGGAUGGCGAACAUCUGGUCCGUUGUAGCGCGUCCAGCCUGAUAUUGCCCCACGAACUUAUUUGCAAUCGGUGACUGACGGUGGCAUAAAAUUUUAUAGCCAGCGCUCAGUAGUGUGAUCGCGCGACAAUUCCAGCAAUCCAACUUGUCGCCCUUUUUGUAGAUGGGACAUAUGAUACCUUCCAUCUAUUCCUCCUCCCAAAACUUGGUAAUGACCCGGUGUAGUGCUCUCACCAGUGAUUCUCCACUGUAUUUUAGAAGCUCGCAUGGUAGUUGAUCUGCUCCUAACUUCGCUAACCUCCUCAAUUCCUUGUAAGAUUAUCUUUUUUUGCCGGCUGUUCGGGUUCGUAUCGAAGUUGACCAUCAAUGUUAACUUCUUUUCCCGAUCAGCCUAGAUAGCUGUGUAGUGUCGGUAGCGGUUGUCUCAAUUGGCUAAGAAUAACACUACGGACCGCCUGAUCCAGUGGUAAGAGUCCACUAAACAGGUGACCCCUAAUUCGUGGUGUUAUGCGGCUUCAUGCUUACCGUGCCAAAGAAUGAAUGGUUAGGGGGGUCUAAUAAAAACCUAACCACAAACGGAGCCUGUGGAGAAUUAGGGCGUCCUCCACAGUAUUACGCCCUUACUGCGCUAACCGGAACAAUGGUGCAGUGGACCUUGCGUUUCUCCGAGAUAAUCAGUUGCCCUUCUUAAGUCUCAAAUUUGAGGCUAAAUAAGGGCGGGGUUAUUCAAAUGUUGUUAAUUAGCUUACAUUACUACCUCUAUGGGUUCGCUUAAUGCGUUUUCGCCAUUGGCGUUUUUCAAUUGACACCGAUUUGGUUCGUUGUUGAUGUUUCCUUUUUGUGCUGUGAUUGUGAAGAGUGUAAUCCUGUCUAGUUUGGGUAGUGGCUACGACAAGGAAACCUCAGAUCAAUUUUCAGCGUAAAAAGCGUAUGUAGCCCAAGUGGAUCUACUUCAAAAAGUUCAAUUUCGUAGGGUAACUUCUGUAUAGGUUACCUUGUGAACCCAGCUUUGCUUUUUUCAUUAUAGAUGAACUGUCGUGCCUCGAGCAUGCUAUAUUUUAGAA